UAAAGGAUGAAUGGCCUCUCUAUCAGUGAGCUCUGCUGCCUCUUCUGCUGCCCACCUUGCCCAAGCCGCAUCGCGGCCAAGCUCGCCUUCCUGCCACCAGAACCCACGUACACCUUCCUGCCAGACCCUGAGGCGGGCUCUGCCGCGCCGGGCUCAACCGGGACAUUGAGCCUGCGGUCCAGGAGUGGAGCUGCUGUCGCAGGAAGUGGAGCGUCAGGAGCUGUGGAGGGAUGGAAGCUUCACCUGACGGAGCGAGCCGAGUUUCAGUACUCUCAGAGAGAGCUGGACAUGAUGGAAGUGUUCUUCACCCGCUCCAGCCGAGGGAACAAGGUUGGCUGCAUGUACAUCCGCUGUGCACCAAGCGCCAGGUUUACUUUGCUUUUCUCUCAUGUAAACGCCAUCGACCUGGGCCAGAUGAGCAGUUUCUACAUUGGCCUCGGCACUCGCAUCAACUGUAACAUCUUUUCCUACGACUACUCGGGCUAUGGCGUCAGCGCCGGGAAGCCCACAGAGAAGAACCUCUAUGCUGACAUAGAUGCUGCGUGGCACGCCCUCCGUGCGCGGUAUUGCAUCACCCCAGAGAACAUUAUCCUGUAUGGCCAGAGUAUUGGCACGGUCCCCACCGUGGACCUGGCGUCCCGGUAUGAGUGUGCCGCUGUGGUUCUUCACUCACCUUUGACCUCUGGUAUGAGAGUGGCCUUUCCUGAAACUAAGAAAACUUACUGCUUUGAUGCUUUCCCCAACAUCGAGAAAGUGUCAAAAAUCACGUCUCCGGUGCUCAUCAUCCAUGGGACGGAAGAUGAGGUGAUUGACUUUUCACACGGCCUGGCCCUGUUUGAGCGCUGCCCUAAAGCCGUCGAGCCUCUCUGGGUGGAGGGAGCGGGACACAACGACAUCGAGCUGUACAGCCAGUAUCUGGACCGUCUGCGCCGUUUCAUAGGGCAGGAGCUGGCCAUGCUACACGCCUGACCUUCUAGACUACCACCAUCACCAUCAUAACUGCCAUUUUUUUUCCUUAGAUGCUCAAAGCGUCGCCUCUCUGUGUCGAAGAUGGAAACGAGCUCAAUUACGUUUGAUUUGCCCCUCGGCUGACUACGACUUCCAGGAGGGCUGCGCUCUCUGGUCUUAACGGGUCUUUAAUGGAACACUGAGAAUGAAGGACAGAAAUGUGACCAGAGGACCGUGUUUGAUUCUGCCUCACACCAAGUGAACUUCUUUACCGUGCAAUAACACGGAGAGCUUCCGCAGGGGAAAAAAAGGCUUUUGUUGAUGUUAAAACGAGACAACGUAUCUGGAAACGACGAGAAAUCACGUGUUUUCUAGGCUACUUGUACAUAUAGUGUGUGUAACUUUAAUAUCUGCUGACUAAAUAGCGGAAUAAUUGUGAAGCUCUUGGAGUUUCCGAACUCUAAAAUGGAAAGGUUUUGUUUUUCUAAAGAACAAAUGGAAAACUAAAUUCCAAUGUUCCGUCUACAUUCAUUUACCACUUUUAUUUACUAGACUGGUAACACAGACAACUAUAAUCAAGGGCAAACUUCAGAAUAUGAUAAGGAGUCCAGUUUAAGAUUAAAUUCUGCUGGUGUGUAGUUUUUGGGUUGGCGUGACAUUUGAACUGCAUUCUUUUGGAGGGUGGAUGAUAUUUUGUCUUAUGUGUAACAUGGGAGUGGGACACAUCUGGUGGUUGGUCAGGAUUUCAUUACAAAGUAAUAUUACAAACAUGGAUGUGGGCUUUUCUUUAGUUUGAACUCUUCUGUUUUACUCAGGUAACCCAGUUGUAUACAUUGGGGUCGGUGUGUUUGACACUUUUGUCUUUUAUGCUGUCGGCUAAAUAAAUAGAUAAAUAUCAUUAGAGUAAAUAAUUCUGAUAAAGUUUCCUUUUUUUUUUCAGUCUAAACCAAAGUAAAGAAAAUACACUUUAUUAUUCUGACCAAUCAAACGAUGGCUGUGUAAUUCUUUAUUUCUCAUUGGGAUUUGCUUAAUGAUUCUUUGAGAACCAUCAAGAAAAUGCUACACCUCAGUAAUUAUUAUUUUUUAUAAGAAUGUUUUAUUUAAUAUUUGCAGCUCAAAGUGAACGUUGUCACAAAACCCCAGCUUAUCAGAUUUUAAAGAGAAAAUUUUCUGUCUACUUGAAGCAUUUAUCCAUGUCUGAUUUUGUUAAAAUUUGAAUGAAACAGGAUUUGCUUGCAGACCUGGAAAUGUCAAACAUUAAUGCAAACUUGUUCAGAUAUAAAAUCAGCAUACUGAGAGCCACCAAAGUUUAAAACCGUAACCACAAUUAUUGUAUUAAUGACGUAAAAUGAUUAUUUUUAGUUUGUUUUAACUUAAUGAUUUGUACUGGCUCAUACAGAUACAGUAUUAUUAAUUACUACAAAUAUUGUUGAAGUUACUUGUUAAUUUCCCAGACUUUAGGAAAUGUUGUCAACCAAAGUUUUUCUGUUUCAGAGCUUUAUCUAGUGUGAAUAAUGUUUAGUAUCUUCACAAGCAACAUGAAAAUAUUUGAUUUUCCCUUUUAUUUAAUUGUCCUGUUUGAUUUGUUGUCUUGUUUGAUAUAUUUGUCCUUAUUUUGCCCAAACAUAAACCAAAAAUGCUAACUGGCUUAUUCCUGUUGUAAUCCUUUUACUGAUUUAUGUUUAAUUAAAGUGUGUGAGCAUUCAAA